AUGGAUAUCUUUGAUACAGAAAUUACACUCGUUAGUAUUGUUCUGCUUAUAUCUGCUGCUUACUUCAUCCUUAUUAUUAUUAUUUUCUGCUUUUGCAUUCGAUUUCAGCCACACAGGUUUAUUCAGUCCCAUAAGGUAUGCGGGUUGGAAGAGGAAACAUCGCAUGCAAUGGCAUCUUAUUUGGAUUGUUCCUGCAUCACAAAGUGUUGUCCAUGCCCAGCUUUUAGUUUCCGACAAUUCUUGAAAUCUUACUGUUUCGACUCGGAAAAACUGCGACGUAAUGUGAAUUGCGAAUGCAUACGGCCAGCCAUACAUGGUUCGCACAGUUCGGAAGGUUUAAAUUUCAUCUGCUGUCAAGUUGCUGGUAGCAGUUAA